AUGGUUCGAAAAUUCUGGUGGGAAACGAAACCAAAAGUUUCAGGUUUUCUUCCUUUGAAGGCUUGGAAUGAUAUCUGCAAGCCAAAGGAUCUGGAUAAUUUGGGCUUCAGACGUUUUAAGGAUAUGAACUUAGCUUUGAUUGCUAAGCUUGGGUGGAAGAUAGCAAGUGGGGAGGAUUGUCUCUGGACAAGAAUGCUGAAAGCAAAAUACCUUCAGAAUGAAAUGUUUUUUAAAAGGACUUCCUGGGUUUGGCAAGGAUUGAUAAAAUCCAGAAAGCUUAUCCGAAAAGGUUCUUGCUAUCGUAUUGGGGAUGGUUCUUCGAUUGACUUUUGGAAUGAUCCUUGGAUUCCUGAUUUGGAAAACAAGACUCCACUAGCUAGAGAGGAUGUUGAUGGGCCUAACUGGAGGAGGGUUUUUGAAUUGAGAGAUGAAAGGACAGAGCUGAAGGCCAUUGUAUGGGCAUCAGAAUCGGCUAUAGAGAGGAACUGGAAAAACCUUCUCUGGUCUUCAGAUUCCCAGUUGGUGGUGAACAGUAUCAACAUGAAAAAUGACCCUUCAGCUUGGGAGACCAGAUAUGAUCUGAUUUACCUCCGUUCAGUUUUUGAGAAGCGCAAUUGGCUGAUGUCAUGGAACUCUCGUAACUCCAAUAAGGUUGCAGAUUUUCUUCCAAGUGAUUUUAUGGAUCUGUUGAAGAAUGUUGAUAAGCUUGGAAGAGGCUCCUCUCUGUAA